GGACAUUUAAUCAAUCAUACGGAAUGAUGAACCUAAGUAAAUCGGACUGGGACUGGGAAACUCGCGAAUGCUCUUGGACAAUUUACAAUCCUGGAAUAGAAAAUGCAGUCCUUCUAAUGUCCAUAUGGAAAAUAAAGUUCCACAACUGCGGAUACAAGUAAGGCAAAUUUCUUUCAAGUUUUAUUUUUAUGCCGUUAUUUAUCAUCAUCAUCAUCAUCAUCAUCAUCCUCGUUGUCGUCAUUAUCAUCAUCAUUCCUUUUGUGUCAGUUCUUUGUCAGUUUGCCAAGUUUAACUUCGCUUUAAAUCAGAAAAAAAUACAAUACAAGCGAAUAAGAAUAAUAAUAAUAAUAAUAAAAAAGAUAAUAAUAAUAAUAAUAAUAAUAAUAAUAAUUACAAACUAAGACGAUUAACUCAAGAUGUUUUUGACUGAGCUUUAUAUAAUUAGUAUACUUUUUUUUUUCAACAUAUACAAAAAAAACGUUUACCGACUAUUUAUACCGUAUACUUGUUUUUGUUGUUGUUUUGUCUUGCUGCUGUCGAUCUAUCAGGAGUUAACGAUAAGCUGACAAAAAAUAGUUACAAUAAAAUUAAGGUAAAUAAGAAACAAUUGAUUAUAUUAGAAAAACAGCAAAUUUGCACGUGCAUCACGCUUUUUUGUGCAUUUCUUUGCCGUUGCUGCACGACUACAAGGUGAAAGCGCCUAAUUUCACGUUUUGUCGAGGAUGUGAACUACAUGUGACAACGCUUUUAUUUUUCUUUUCCUGAACUUCGACGGCAGUCUUUUAGAAUUUAACUGCAGAUAAUUUGACAACAUUUGACGAAUUGAACGAGUUGGAAUAAGCGUGAUAAAGUUUGAAGUAGCUCGAAUUCACUUUUUAAGUGACGUUUUCAUAGCCGUCGCCGUCGCCAUCGUUGCUGCUUGAACUCCGUAAUAAUAAUCUAAAGAUACGCCGUUUGUUUAUAGCGACGAAUAUGCUACGAUACUCAAGGGUGACCAGGAGGCUCAAACUCACCGGGGAUGCGAUCCUCUACGCCUGGAUAUGACAACAGUACCGUUCGGAGAUUCAAACUUCCUUAAAGCAGAAGUUCGAAUACAGAAUCCGCAAAGUCGAGUGUGGACUUCUUUCGUAAUUGUCAAAGGAGGCCUUGAAUCAGGUGACUAAAUUAGUGUUUUGGAUACAUUUCUGUUCUUUUCCACAAGUCUGGUAAACUUUGGAUACCCUUGAAGAAAAAAAAAAUCCUCCUGAUACUUACCCUUAAGUUACUUGAGCUUUAAAAUACGCCUAUUUUUCAAAACCACAGGAGUUUGCAAUUAGUAAUACGUCUCCGUUAUAAGAUAAUGGCAUUUUUCACAUGCUCCGCUCGCAUGUUUAACGGUGUUUUUCCUCUUUCGUUGUAGCUCUUGAUCCUCCAACGGAAUCUUGGAGUUUAACAGCUGAAGCGAGUGGCAAAAGUCUCCUUGUAAACUGGAGCUCCUUCCCAAGUGAUUUAAACGUCGUGUACUUCAUAGUUUCUCUGAAUCAAACACAAAUUCAUGAAAAUAAUGAUCAUCAUUAUGACCACGAAAACUACAAUCCUAUACGCAUGCUCAGGUUUUUUAACGUUUCGGAGACGGAGGUCAACGUAUCAGACAUUCCUGCAGCCACAGAGUUCCAAGUUGUCGUUUAUCUCGUGGCCUUAAAUAAUGAUAUCUACAAAAGUGAAAGACUCACCAUUAAAUCUGCUGAGGGUGGUAAGAAAUUAAAGUUUUUUUAUACAUCUUCGUAAGAUAUUCGAAGCCAAGCGGUUGUCUGCAAUAUAGUUGUGGCUGCUGGAAAUCGAUAGAAAUAUCAAAAUGUCGUACCCGUUCGAUUUAUCAAUAGGCAAUUUCACAAUUCGUUUGGGCGCCAUUAUACCCGAUACCACUGAGUUGUAGAAUAUUUUAGAAGGAGCUACUCACUAUGUGAGCACAGUUACUAACGAGGGAUAGGAAAACAAAGGGAUAGAAAAAGGAGAAAAGUAAAUGCAAUACACCAAAUAACAAAUUAAACGCUUGGGGUGUUAGAUACUAUUCAUAUUUUGGCCAUCGUAAGAUAUUCCAAUUGUGCACUGAGUCAGCAACUAGUUGCGCAAUACCAUUAUUGGUUUCGCUCAAUUUAACACUACAAUAGAUUGUAGAAUAUUUUAGCACAAGCAACCCACAAUUUGAGUGCAUGCAAUUAGUGACAAGACGUAUUGAUUUCGAUCGAAGAGGAUAGACGGGGAAUUGUUUUUGCAGGAAAUAUCUAUGGUUAAAUGCAAUUCCAAAAUAGUUUUGUUUCCAUGACAUCUAAUACCAUACAACUGCAGAACAUAUGGAGGAGGAGGGGGAGGAAGAGGAGGAGGAGGAGCCACCUACAGGCAGAGUGAGCAACCUUUCUGACAGGACAUAGGAGUUAGGAGUACAACCCAGAGUAUAUGCAAGAUGUCAAAAAAGAAAGAACUAAACGGGCGACAAUUGUACUAGGUUCUGAAGAGCUGCAAAGCUAAUGAACUAAACGAAAAGUUCAACUUAUCAUAAGUAUAUCUGAUAAAGUAUGUUUGCAGACUGCCUUAAGAUAUUUCUUAUAGUCUUAGUUUAUUUGAUCUUGCCAACUGUCGUAAGAGUACUUAACUGAUAGAUUGAUAGAUAUUAGAAAGAGUUUUUCGCACACUCUUAAAGUUACAACAAAACUACUUGGAUGAGUCUUGCCACUCUAUUACCAGGAUUGUGUUCUCGAUCCGUAAUUGCUCUGACCAGCUGUGCAUGGUUUUGCAUAAACAAGAACUGAAGGGCACCUUGUGAUGGUGAAAGGACAAAGAAAAGUAAAAGCUACGCAGCUCACUGCUUGCCAUUACUUCAGGGGUUGCUUGUUAUAGUCUCUAGCUGUUUCAUUACUUGUAACUCUUCCCUAUUUGUUUAUUUUCUUAUCAAGUACCCAGUGAAGCACCUUAUAUCCACGACUGGAGACAAGACUUUGAUGCACGCAGCAUUUCAUUCCGAUUAGAAUCCAUUCAAGAGCGCAAUCGUGGAGGAAAAAUACUGGGAUAUAAGCUGAGAUAUCAUCGAUUUGGGAGAUCAGGCGAGACAUUAUACCAGGACUUGGACGUGAACACUGAGCAAGUUACUUUGAAUAAUUUAAUUCCCGGGAAGGUUUACGUUAUUUCCAUUUCAGGAUACACAAGCGCCGGAGAGGGAAAAACCAGAACAGUCUCUGCUGCGUGUAAGUUUUGUAACCUCCUUCGCAAGGUCCUUUCCCUCUCGGUGUAGGGAGGCCGAGUGUUUGUAGUCUUAUAAAUAACUACGUAGGCAGCUGCUCGUCUCUCGUUUUCCAUGUUUACUUCGUAGAGUAGACAAGAGAAGGGAGGAGAAACAAAAAAAAAAUUAAAGCCCUGAGAAAGAUGAAACACAAGAGGGUUUUGCUUGGCUCAAUUGACAGCCACUGUUCGGGAAAAAGAGCCCGCACUAGUAUCAAAGACCUGGCUCGGGAGAAUGGCAGAAAUGGAACCUAAGGUUUAACUUGCGUCAUGAAUGCUAUAUAUACGUAGGUUCCUUAUGUUACUGCUUGUGCUCAUGUGUUUCUCUUAUAUAUGCCUUACUUCGUCUUAUGCAUAUCCUUGCAAAGUAACUUGAACCAAUCCUUACGUUUUCGAUAGCCACCAUUAUCCACCAUGUAAAAAUAACCUACAUUGCAUUAUUUAUGUUCACAACGUAAGCGCUGCUUCCAAAACAUCCGUAACGUGUUUUCUUUACGGUUUAGGUCAAAAUUAAUAUCAAGUUAAUAAUAAUAAUAAUAAUAAUAAUAAUAACGAUAAUAAUAGUUGCGUUCGUAGAACGCCAUCAUAAAUUUGUUAGCGCCGUCCUGGGUACGAACGAUAGGAUACAAUACACAUGACUUCUUUCGACCAAUACUGGAUGAUUGUUGAUCAACGUGACUGGAUCGGUAUAAUAUAUAUAUACAGGAAACUUUCAAAGUGUUUCUUGAUCUGUUUUCCUUCUUAUGCUCAAUUCAAGGUUUUCCUGAUGCUUGCGAAGUCGCGAAAAUCAAGUUUUAAUGAGAACAUAGGUGAAUUCUGCUCUAUUAUUAUUAUUGUUGCUUUUAUUUUAUGGCGCCUUAGAUUACUUGGAUAUAGUUCGAAUUCAGGCAUAUGCGAUAAAGUGCGUUAAGAGAGCAAAUUUUUGGUGUACACGGCGUACAAAAAAUGUUCUUUCGACUUUCGACUAUCGUUUAGUUACUUUAAUAAAUUAAGGUUCAUGAAUUGGAGAGUGGAUCUUUCAACCUUGAGUCACAUCUUAAGCCCUUUCGAUGAUUUGAGUAGAUAAUAAAAACCGCAUGCAGCGUUCAAGUUAAAUAACUAUUGCUCGAGCCUUUGCCGAUAACACCGCACUUUAUUUAUUUAAGUAAUGAUUUAGAAAGUUAUUAAAAGAACUCUACAAUAGAAGCCUGUAAAAAUAUAUGGUCUGCCCCUCAGGCAAGUUAAGGCAUCGGUCGAAAGGCUAAAAAGACCCCCCACAGCGACUGCAAGGAUCAUUUUUAAUGACGUAGAAGGAUCUAAGUAAAGGGUUCCACAAAGAUAUGAUAAGACAUAUCUAACUAAAAAAGUUUUGGAAAAUUCAUCCCAAGCAUCACGUGACAUUCCUUGGACCAUGACGUCACAAAACCUGUUUCUUUCAAACGGGGUAAGUUGUUAAAAAAAUACUUGCAACAUGGAUUGAGUUAUUUAAGUCUUUUAUAAGUCACGUGACAUGUUUUUUAUUAUUUUGUAAUCCUUGCUCGACCUAUGCAUACACGCAGGGCUAUUUCUUAAUAUCCAGGCUAUGGGAAAAAACACUGGUGCCUAAAAAUAUUUGCUGCUCUUUCAUUUCCUUUCCCCCGUUUUAAUUUGAACACUUUGAACGUUGACGAUCAUUUGCAGGUCACGUGACUAAUAUUUCAACAAUGAAUUUGUCACACAUUGUUAAGGCCACCGAGUUAAAACUAUUUGCCAAGUUUCAUGACGACUGAUCAAAACAAUCCGUCUCAAAUGCCUCUUCGCCAAAUUAUGCAAAUUAUGAGGUGACCCAUGCCUUAACAUGCCUGAGCCGGAAAUAACUCGCUUCGCAUAUCGAACACACUCUUUAAUCUAUGAUUACCCCUAGUUAAUAGUAUAAAAGGGGAAGAGAUGGUACCCACUUACACGCCAUUUUCCACAGGUAAGAUAUUUUAGAUUCGUUCCCAGACUGUAGACCCCAAGGGGAUUAGACAACAGCUAAACAAAUGGCACCAAUAUUACGCGUUCACGGCCUACGCUCAUAGCUACGCUCCCCUUACGUUUUAUCAUGUAUAUUUACUUCCUUUUUUCCCUCAAUUUGUUUUGUCUCUUCACCAAAAGAGACAAGAGAGAUUGAGGAUCAAUCUAGAUUAAAUCGAAAUUAACCUGGAAUCAGAUUUGGCUUUUAAAGUUUACACAUAAUCUGUCACGCACAAAAAAAUAAUUAAUUUUUCUACUUGUGUCUUAGUAUGUGGUGGUGUAAUAAAUGCACAGAUGGGAAAUAUUUCAAGUCCUGGCUAUCCUAAUACUCCAUACAGGCCUGAAGACCAACAUGACGACAAUAUCCGCUGUCACUGGAGACUUCGACCUCCGACCGGGUCGUAUAUGAUGGUGACAUUAAAGAACUUCUUUCUUGGCCGCAGAGAAUGGAAUUAUUGCAGGUCAGUGUUUAUGUACAUGUAAAGCCUUCUUCAAUGUCCCUUGAAGAGAAUGUACCGGAGUAUAAUACAUGGUGAGCAUAUUAAGUAAGUUAUUAAGAAUAACUUUCAUACGGCAACCCUUCAGACACGAUGCAACAGUUUUGCAGGAUUACCUUAUUAUUUUGUUGAAACUUGUUGUUCUAUUUAUUUAUUUUUUAACCGAUGGCUUAAUACAUGAAUAAACAAAUAAUUUUACCGCCCUAUUUUUCAGUGGGCAACUUAGAGUACACUUUCCUGAUCGCGACUGGGACGAAAGCAAGAGUAUGGAAUUUUGUGGAAAAGAAACGAAUUACUCCAUUCUCAUAAAGAACCGGGAUGUUGAUAUACAAGCCUGGGGAUUCCAUUACCAUCGACAUGACGACGAGUUUAGGAAAAAUAAUGGUACCAAGUUUCUAGUCGAAUUUAAGGCUUUCUCUGAAGAAGACUUGACAGGUAACGUUUAAUCUACAUUUUUAACAGUUGUUUUUCAAAAUUUGCGUUCAUUCUAUAAAAAUGUUUUAUUUCUAUUCUUAAUAAUUGAGUUCUUGUAUCAAUUAUACUAAAUUUAGCAUAUUUUAUCAAGUUUAUUACAACUGUUAUUAGUAGAUACACACUCAGUGAUCUUGGUGAUUCAAGCAAUCCGAUUGGUUCGUUUUUUCGGACUAUGACGUAACAUUUACCACGCUAGACGAGGUGUUUUGCCAAAGUUUCAGAGUAAGGACUUGUUGAACAUAUAAGAAAAUGCCGAGUGUAGUUGUGUUUGAAGGUAGGAAAAGACAUUAUGGUGUUUUUUUCACUGUUUUGUGAACUCGGGAUUUCCUCGAAAGACGAAUUGAAAUAGAAAUCAAUUUAUGGGGAAAAAAAGGAAAGCAAAAUUUUCGCAAAUUUUAUUGCCAGCAAGUUAACAAGGCAAUGAACACCACAGAUAAACAACCCUCACCUCGAUCGUAGCCGCUGUUGACAGCAUUUGCACGAAGCGACCAAAACGAAAAAAAAACUUACUCACGGUGAGUUGAAAGAAGCAUAAAGCUCCGCGUCUCUUCUAAGUACUAAUUCAAACUUUGGAUAUUUUCUUUUAAACCACUGAUGCAAAAGCUUACAAAAAGAUUAAGACUAUGAUUUGCCGUGUUUGAAAAUAAUGUAAAGUUCUAACGUUUGCGCAUGUACUGUUUACGGCUAAGUUAACGCGUGAAUUAACUCGGUAUUUCAACUUAAAUCGCUUUUUCAGGUUUCCUUUCUAAUUCUCUCGGGAUCACUUCCUGUGUAUAUAGUAAUUUAAAAACAAUCAUUUUUUUUUCAAUCUCGGCAAAUAGUGCCCUUAGGAAUAUUUAUCUCGAUUUCAAAGGAUAAUUGUUAAAUGUGUCCAGGUUUUUUAGUGACCAAAAAUACGUGGAUUUUUAAAUAACGGGUUUUGUAGCUGAAAACGAACAAAUUCAAAAUGAAGAGAUGGUGUAUGGCUCCAAUUUCAGUAAUUAAUAUCGUAAAUAUCAAUAAUGUGUUAGCGGAACUAUAUUACCAUUAAGGUGUCCUUCGCUUUAUGGCUACUUUUCAGGAAAAAGAGAUGAAAUUUGGCUUCUGCGAAUAAAUUUAACAACAUGACGCCACAAUGGCGUAGAGAGACCGGUCUUAUUGCUGGUUUUCAGUGUCACGCCAUUCAAAAUCGAUCGAAAUCAAAAUAAAAACCGUUCAAUAGUUUCAUGCCAGAAUCUGGGAAAUCAAAGGAGGUAAAUAUACAAAGACCCUCGCCAAGAUUCGGGUCAGAGGAAUAUUUCUUACAGAGAUAUCCGAAGAAAUGUUUUACUUAAAUUUAAAGGAAUUUGUAAGAAGACGCCAUGCUGGUGCCCACCUGGAUGGACACCAACAUGGCGGACGGAAACCAACAGAAACAUCUGUUACCUAGUUUUGCUACAAAAACGUGAAUUUAUCCCUCGAGGAACUCAGAAACAUCAAAGUAAUACUUUUUCUGAUACAUUAGCAGUUUAAAUAGCAAAAUUCCCGGAAAUAAGUCACUUUUUUAAACCUACAUUACAGCUCUCUCGGCCGUCAUGUAAAAGCCGCGUCACGCAAAAGCUUAGAAAUUUAAGCGUACUUUAACAUAAAACAAGAACGCUUUUGAAGUGAAAAUUUGUGUGAACGAUAGUUUUCAGCUGCUCUAAUACAUGAUAAAAGUAAAAUCUCAGUAGGAUCGAUAGUUUUGUAGUUUGAAUUUUAGUGACGUCAUGUGACAACCAACAAUAUGAAACACGUGCUAAAUGAAUUCAACAACUCGAUUAUUCUAUUCUCCUCUUCCCAUCAGGGUCAGUGUUAGGAGACUGGGAAGUAACAAUAACAAAUGUUACCAAUUCGUCAGCACUCGUGUCGUGGCCCCCGCCCCCGAGUAGCUUUGCGGGUGGAGCCACUGUUGAGGGGUACCUUGUAAUUGGCGAUCAAGCUUCAAGGGAAAUAUACCAUCCAACUUGGUUAUCGGCAUCUCAAAGUGCUCACCUCGUUGAAAACCUGCUUGCACGAACGAACUAUACUGGUAAAAUCGUGGUCAUUCUAAGUAAUGGAACGCGUGGCAGCACAGACUGGAAAAGUUUUCAAACUAAAGAAGGAAGUGAGUGGUUAAUUUUACAUUAAGAGUUUAUUAAAUUUUAUGCAAUUCAAUUCACUUCGGUGAUUCUUAACCAAUGAACAUUAUUGAGAGGCUAAACAGUCAAGAGCAAAACCUAAACAGCUGUUAAAGAAGUGAUGAAGUGAAAAACCAUCGUUACUUAGUCCUGCACAUGCUACGUGAGAACUUUAAGGCUCAACUAUAUAUACUUUGUCAUAAUAGAGUGAAACGUAAACAUCUGUUAAAGAAUUGAGGUGAAAUAAUAUCUUUUUCGGUCCUGCUUAGGUUGAAAUUUUACUUCAAGAAUUUUAAAAGAAGGCUCAGUGUUAGGUUGCUUAGGUUGAAAUUUUACUUCAAGAAUUUUAAAAGAAGGCUCAGUAUAUACUACUUCGUUAUAAAAGAGUAAAAUGCUCGCAUUUGACUAUUGGUACAUCUAAGUAAUGGGUAUUUAAGAACGAUGGAAUGCAGUUUGAAGAAAAAAAAAAAAAAAAGUCUCUUUUAUCCCAGGUCACUUUGUUUCAAUAUGGUGAUUACCUAUGAGGUCUCCGUUUAUGACUUGCAUUGUCAAACUUGGCGCCACUGUUUUCGGGGAGCCUUUGAUUUUGGAAUAUUUAAAGUAUGAUUUAUCUUCUUCUUCCCAGUUCCAUCUAGGAACCCUCGCAUUUACGAGCGCAAAGCCACCGACUUCAGCACUCUUUGGAUCAGGUGGGAAAAGUUGGAGGAAAGUGCAAGAGGAGGAACUCUUUUAGGAUAUCGAGUCCACGUGGAAGAAAACUACCAUGGUGGUUAUAGACCCAUAAACUUGUUUUUCAAAGUUGUGACUGUGGGCCCUGAUGAGUUUGAGUAUAACAUAACAGGACUCCCACAGUGGACUGAGUUCCAGGUGUGGGUUACAGCCUACACAGCAGCUGGAGAAGGAAUCCAGCAGAACAAAGAAUGGAUAAGAACAAGUAAGUCAUUAUUUUCGACUUGAAUGCUUCUUAAACAAAAACAAAUCAAAUUGGUAAAGAACUCUAAAAUAUUUUGUCAGGUUAUUUUUUAUAUUGUCCUCGAUAGCGAUACUGGUUGUUCCUGGCGAUUUAUGGUUCCGACGCGCUGCGCUCUUGGGCAUACAACGCUGUAAAAACACUUUUUGUAAUAUCAUUUGUUACAGUGGGAACCUCAAAUGUUGGUUAUAAUUUGGAUAAUGUAUUACGAAAAGCACAAAAGUGAUUUAUAAUUAACUACUUUGAUAUGGACAUCAUUUUGUAUGUUGCUCCAAAAGACUGAUUGGUCAGUCAAUUUACCAAGUAAAUGGAUUUAUUUAUGGUUGUUAAUAUGGGAAAGGUCAUCAGGAAAAACUUCAGAAUUUAUUAGUCCCUUUGAAAUUGGUUCACCCACCUGAUAAACUCGUGAAAAACAACAACAACAAAAACAACAACAACAACAAACAAACGGAAACAAAAAAUACAUUCAUUCUCAAUUUGCUUUUUGUAAUGGUCAAAACGGGAGCCGCAGUGUUUUAUCAUGGUUACAAAUUUGAGCGCCCACCAUGCGCAAAAUUUUAGAUUUUUUUAAGCCUGGUAGGCAAUUAUUACUUUUCGCUGUAAAUAUUAUAUGUUGAUUCUUGUUUGACACUGUUUUCAAAACAAAAAAACAAAAAACAAAAAAACAAAAAUGUUUGUAGAAAAUAUUGUAUUCGCUCUUGAUACCUUUUGUUAUAUUACAGAACUAGUUAGUAGACCAUUUUGAUGGUUUCUUUACUUUUCAUCUUAGAAUGCGGUUGGUGGUUGAAUAGCACUACCGAUUUUAUUCGAAGUCCCGGGUAUCCUAACGAAAUGACCUAUUCUGAGUGCGUCUGGUACAUCCAGUCGAGAAACAAAAGUGUCCUGUUGUGGUUUGUUCAUGCUGAUAUUGAGCACGAUUGCGAGUAAGUUAUUUUAAGACGGAAUCCACCAGGAAAUUGAGUAAUUUUAAUUCACUCAGUGGACAAAAAUCGUGUACCCGAAUAAUUUAAAGAAUAUUACAUUCUCUUUUACAGUUUUCAAGGGCUAAAGAUGUAAUAAAUCAUCUAUAGUAACACCAAAGAAAAUUUAUAAUGGAAGUCCGAGAAAAUAAAUGUCAAAUCUCACAAGAAUUGUGAUUAUGCCAGGUAAAAAUCUAAAAAUUUCAUGUGUAAGAAGCAAUUUUGUGAAAUUUGACAUUCAUUUUCUAGGGCUUACAUAAGAAUAUUUUUUUGGGUGUUACUACAGAUGACUUAUUACAUCUUUAGCCCUUAAAAAAUGUAAGAAAGAAUGCAAUGUGCUUUAAAUUAUUCUGGUACAAGAUUUUUGUCCACUGAAAAUCAAAAUUACUCAAUGUCCUGGUGGAUUCUGUCUUAAUAAUUAAGACAAAUGUGUGAGGUUCAGAUUAAUUAAACCCUAUUUACAUUCUAUUCAUUUAAGUGCUUUCCGAUGUCGUCGUUUUAUGCAUGUCGCUAUCCACCCUGCCAACAGAGCCUUUCUUUGGCUUGCUAAAUUUUGGCGUCCAUGAGCGAGUAAGAUCUUUUUUGAGCAUGCGCAGCAUGUUGCUAUGAUAUAGUUUCCAAUCCAGGUCUAAUAGCCGUGCGCUUGCUACAGUGGGCUCGGCUACGACCAUAGGUAGUUAUUAAUAAUAAGAUGCUUGGAAGAAAAAUAAAACAACGUAAAUGAAAAAAAGAAAGAAAGAAAGAAAACGAGAUUGAUUAGUCUAGAAGUUUGGGCCUCGGCGACCUCAAAGGUUGGACAUUAUUCAAGCAGAGCUGCCUUUUCUCCUCCUUACUGAAGAAGAAAAAAGAGGCUUUGCUCGUAGGAUGGUCGUUAUGGAGUCGAUUCAGUUAUUACAUCAUUUUUCAUAAUUUAUGCGUCGCAAUUUUUGAUGGCACGGUUUUCAAAUUAAUCAAAUGGGUAGUUUGCAGGCUUUCAGGAUGUAAAUAGGAUUACAACCGAUAUAAAUAAUGCUAGGUCACAUUACAUGCAUGUGUCUGGGAUUAUCAAUUACGGUGUCACUGGCUUCAGCGUUUAAAGAAAUAAAUCAUAAAGAGUAAUUCAACGUACGUAUCCGGCAAAAGCAGCCACUCCUCCUCGCCUCUCGCCAAUGGAGACGUUUCGCGAGGAGAAAGGAGCGGCUCAGUUCUUUCGCAGGCUAAAUUCAAAGAGUCUUGAUUUUUAAUCCACAGGCGCCAUUUUGUGGCUGUUGGAGAUGAUAGUGGUGUUGAACCAAAAAGAUGGUGCGGCGUCACCUUUGAACAUAAACCUGUCCUCGUGCAAGCGCACAGGGUGCCUUUACUCUAUGAGAGUCACAAUCAUAUCAGCGAUCAGAAAAAAGGAUUUGAAUUGGUUUAUACAGUGUUAAAUGAAUCUACAUGGGAAGGUAGGUAUAUGCGUAACCUUUAUUUACUAGAUAUCUUAGGGUGCAACUCCAUGAAAAUUGAAACGUGUAUGGGGGAAUAAAAGGACGGGAAGACAGGUUAUCACUUCCAAAAUGAGAGUUGUCUCCCCUUCAAAAUACUUUUUGCAAUAUUUUCUAUACCUGUCCAACAUCUAAAAGGUAAUCACAUGACUUUCCAACGAUGAAAAGAGCAAGAAAACGAAUAGGAGAGUUAUAAAGAAUCUAUUUCGAAAUGUCCUGUUUACGAUAUGCCCAGAAUACAUUCAAGAAAAUUGACGUUUAAAAAAGAGUUCUCAUAGCCGAGGAUAUUCCCUACGAAAUCGUGAUAACGAUUUCACACUGGUAUUCCAUAAAAUACCCCUUGCAAAGGAACGCUUAUCAUUAGAUGAAAAAUGCUUUGCGUUUUUUAGUAACAGAAAUAAUCAGAAAUGAUAUAAUCACACGAUCUGUAUAGUUAAUGGUUAUUUAUAUAUAUAUUUUUAGCUACCCUUGUGCCAAACUGGAUCAUAUUUAACAUCACGAAGAUAGAUCUUGACAAGGUAGUAGUUGAGUGGCAUCAUCAUCCACCAGUGACGUAUCCGCUCGAAUUAUUUGCAUAUGCAGUGGUUUGUACACCUACCGAUGGAAAGCUAGGUCCAACCCUCACAACUGUUCGUGGGAAUAUAAACAGAACGGAAGUACAUCGUCUGAGACCCGGAACUAAUUUUUCCGUGGAAAUUGUUGCCUUAAUUUAUAACAAUCAAACGGAGGAGAUCACUUUAGAAAGAAGUCAGAGCAAAGACUUGGAGACUGACGAAGGAGGUAAAACGAUCUUAGUUCUUAGCGUACAGUGUACUUGCAUAGGUAGGGUCACCCUAGCCUCCUAGUCGGGGCAAAUUUUCCGUUUCUCUAUGUAAACACUUCAGUUGUCGAGCCUAAAUAAUAUAUUUUAUAAGAAUAUCAAGGCUUGAAUUUGCAAUAUCUUAAGAAUAUGAUAAGAAUAAACCCAAGGCUGAAAAAAAUAUAAUUUUGUGUGCUGAAAAAUCGUGUAACUUAACCGUGAAAUGAUUUCUUUCUCUUAUCGGCAAAACUAGACGCCAAAACGGAAAACAACGUGCCAUUGCCAUUAAUUGCAAUUUAUACCACAAUACAUUCUAAAAAGGAAAAGUCAGGGGCUACAAUUCAAUUUAACAAUAAUACAAGAAUAUUUUCAGCCUAAAAUCGCAAGAAAAAUAAUAAUAUUCAGCCUGGGCCAGAAAAACAAAAUCAUUUUAAAAAGAAAAGAGUGUGCCAAGUUCAGUUCUUUUUACUCGAGGUUGCGUAGCGCCGAGAGUCAUAAUCUGCAAGCCGUUUUUCUUCUUCGUAUUUAAGACACAAAAGGGAGGUCGGUCUUCCGGGCGUUCCUAGCGGAGACCUCGGAAACUGGGAAUAAGAAUGGUGACGACUUUCAUUGUAUGCAAGUGAGACUCGUGGUGAGCAUAUGGUUUAUUCUCGGCGAUGAUUGAGGUGAUACGCGUAGUUGAUCACGUUCCGUAAUUUUGCGUAGCAAUAAUGUAAUCUUUUCCCGAAUCAAGACCCUUGAUUUUUGUGUUUUCAUACUCGCGUAUUGAAAAGCAAAUUCCCUGAAGAAUACUCGACGGUCGAUAAAGUAGGACGGGAAAAUAUUAUACCGGAGGAAAUCCUGUUUCGUGGUGUAUUGAGGCAUUGCUUUUCUCAGAAUAUUGACGCAAUUACUGGAACUCUACAGUUAAAUAGAUUCGAUAUUGCAGAUUCAGCUUGUUGUAUGUAUUUAACUGAUAGAUUUUCGUAGUUGUUAAGUUGUGAAGUCGCGUUGUACUUUAUAAAUACCUGACAUAUCAAUUAUUUAAGCUUCAUCGCGCACUCUAUUUGUAAUACUAAUCGGCCAAUGGAAACUACUGGUCUACAAAUUAAACCAGUCUAUUUUUUUUUGGGAAAUGUGUAUUAUGUUAUUUUUCAUACUGACGUCUUCAUUGAUGUUUCCUUGAUGUCGUAGAUUUGCAAGGUCUCGAUCUUGGCCUCGUGGUAUUGCCUGUUAUUGUGGAAGAUUGCUUGAAAUUACACCAUUAUUGCAUAGACAUAAUUGGAAAUUUUCACUUUAGAUUUAUAGACUUUAACGAUUGAACUAUAAUCUUUUUUCCAAUUUAAGUUUAAUCUGACUAUUCUAUGUGCCUGCACACUGGCUUAUUGAGAAUUUAUCUCCUCCUCGUUUCUUAUCUAAUCUCCAAUCAACCUCGAGUUAACACUUCAAGGGUGUCUUGUUCAUUGUAGUUCCAUCGGAACGUCCCAGUAUAGAAAAGGCAAAUACCUACCUCGACGAUUCCACUUUCUUCUAUAUCACGUGGAGGCCAAUUCCUCAUGACAAGUGGAACGGUAAUCCCCGUGGAUACAAAGUAUUUUAUCGGGCUGGCGAUACAGGAGCAUUUCACUCAAAAUCAGUCCCACCAGAUGUCCUUGAGGCAAAUAUUACGAUUGAGAGCGGCCCAGCACCUUACGAAAUCAGGGUGGCAGCCUUUACCAGAGCUGGAGAUGGACCGAUGAGUGAUCCCCGAGAACGGCGAGGUACCUUUGAGAGUAGCCUUGUUUCAUUUAAAUGAAAUGCUUUUGAUUAUAAUUCAUAAUGUUAAACGUAGGCUCUUUCUAGCGAUGCUCACAUGCAGGUUCUAGGUAUUCAACUCUUCCUUUUUCCUAUGAAUCUGAAGAAUCAUUGAUCAUAGAUUUCAAGUGCGCGCAAUUUAGCUGUAGAAAUAUUUUACCGUGCUCUUUGAAAACUAGACUUUGUAGAAUGGGUCAACAAUGGGGUGUUGUGAAACAAGAUUCUUGAGACCAAAAUUAGUUAGACUCAUAACAUAUGACUAAAAGACAGACAGACCGCGGAUUCCCAAUGUGGUUUUUUGUGGUUGCGUCGUAUUAUCAGCUUCCUUCAAAUUAUAUUUUUUCAUCUUAAAGGCAUGUGUUUUAGAGAUUUACCUGUAGGAUAAUUAUAAUCGGAGGUAUUUUCUUUUAGCAGGGGCUGAUUUUCUAUUAGACUCCAGUUUGCCAUCAGGGUCUUUUUAAAACCUUGUACCGCAUUGAUUACCGUUAAACUUGUUUCUAUAGAAUUUGUAUCUCAAGGAGCCUUCAUUAAUAUUCGAAUAAAAAAUAAGGAAAGAAUGGGGAAAUUUCAGCCAAAAGCUCGCGGCAUAUUGCGAUUACUUAACUGAUUGGUUUUUCAGCAUACCAAGCUGACGUUAUUGGAAGAAUCGGUGUAUUCACAAGUCCUGGAUUCCCACAGACCAUACCUGGAAAUUUGGAGUGUUACUGGGGUUUCCAUCCAGUCUAUGUUCCUCAGCGCUUCCGGAUGGUGGUGGCUUUUGAGGCGGUCUACCUUAGGGAUUCCGAGGGAGCUCCAAACUGCACGUGAGUAGAACUCGUUUUUGAAUAAACUGUUUUUUCAAAACAACUAGGAAGCUUAUUAGCCUGCAUUGCAGACGUUUUUAGGGCUUUGUCACGCGUUCCAGGCUUUCGCGAGAAAGGGAGGAUUGUGUGACGAACCAAAAGUUCGUCUGCGCGGGAAGCUAAAAGCUUAUAAAAAGAUAGAAAGCUUAGCAGCAAGUCACACCCAGAGCACACGUUCUCGAGCCUCCCGUUUUAUAUAUCUUUUUUCCUUUGAUUCUAUUUCAGAAAUUUGCAAAAUGAUUGGAUGGGCGUUGCUCGCAUUAACCCUUUGAGGUUCAUAUCUGGCCCUUUCUGUGGAACCUACCGUCCCUUCGCUGUGCUUUCCUGGGAACACACAACCGAUACUCCUUAUAUGGGCUUUUUCACAGGCGAUGGACCAGCUAAUCGAGGCUUCAAUGCCACUUACUUUGUUGUCUUUGAUGUUUCAAAAAUGAGUAAGUACUGUAACUCUUGUGUAUUUAUUUAUUUUUGUUUUAUAGCCAAUGCUUCCUUACCUAUUUUCUUCUUCUAUGUUGUAAAUAGUGUAUAAAUGAAGCUCAAUAGUUUCCAAAUUAGGGCUGAAUUACACCAUAUGAACGAAAAAUAAGUAAACUGCAGAAAUGCAAGGGGUCAUUAUUGCAAUGGAUAGCUCAAAAGCAAUAUAAGAACUCAUCUGGAGGCACGAUCAGGUUGCGAAAGUUCUUCUUUAGAAACGCUGCCAAAAUUACGAUCUGCAGUCCAAUGAAACUUGGUACGAUCAUUCUCCAGAGGCAGUAAUGGAAAAUGACCAAGUGAAGUUACUGUGGCAUUUCAAAAUUCAAACAGACCAUCAAACAGACCAUAACAGGCCCGAUGUAGUCGUACUACAAAAGGCAAGCAGAGUGUGCCAAAUCAUCGAUGUGGCAUGUCCUUUUGAUAUCCGAAUUGCAGAAAAAGAACGAGAGAAGACUGACCACUACCAGGACUUAAAAGUAGAAAUACAAAAGAUGUGGGGGAUAAACGAUGUUGGGGGACUUGGGCCGGGCAGUUACCAAAAACUUGAUGUUAUGGGUUUCUAAGAUAGGAACACCUGGGAUCUUGAGCUUACUCUAGAAAGCCUGUUUGUUAGGAACAGCAAAGAUCUUACGAAGGAUCCUAGAAACCUAAGGCUAUAGGAAAUAGCUUGAUGAUACGAGACCAACGAUACAACUAGUGGUGUACGAUAUGAACAACAACGAUGAUGAUGAUAAUAAUAAUAAUAAUAUUAUCAAUCCUACAGAUCGAUAAUAUUAGAGCCUGCCCGAAUUAACCUUUUUAAAGAAUUAGGAAUUAGGAAUACGAGAUUUUAUUCUUUUUAACUUGUUUUCUUUUUUAAUAUCAGAGACGGAUAACUCUCGUUUGUAAUGACUUAAUUUAGAACUCUAGAACUGCCUGCAAGAGUCAUUGACCGCAUCUGAGCCGCAACGAAUGUAUUUUGCGAAAUCGUCAUUGACACAGUGAUUGCUAUUUUUAUGAUUUAUGAAAUUCUUAAUGUUAUAUAGUGCUUAAUACUUACUUCAAAUAUUUCUGUAAAUUAUGUAAAUUAUAAAAUUAUUAUAACUAUUCUCAAAGGAGACUAUUUUAUGGCUAUGUUUGAUGGACGAAGCGCUAAAAUUUAGAUAACAAAAUAUUGUAGCGGCAAUCGUCUCAUUUUUCUCACGUUAGGUCUAUCAGUUGUCUCUGGGACUAUCACAGAUUACAAUGUACAAGUAGCCUGGACCAAUACUGAUAUACCAGAACACAUUAAAGAGUACUUUAUUUUCUACAAGCCAGUCAGAGAAGAGAAUCAGCAAAUCAAAAAUGGCUGGAGUUUCACAAGGUCCUCCCAGCCCUUGGCCACACUGGCUCCUCUUCAGCCUGCUACCGAAUAUUCUGUUUUUGUGCUGGGUUACACGUCAAGCCGCAAAGUGUAUGGAAGCAAUGACGUUAAUUUUAUUACCACUGGAGGUAUUGUAGACUAGUAUUUUUUGCUAUAAAUGUCAUAAAGACCUACUUCAAUACUGUCAACAACGAGAGUAAGAUUCAUUCAUUCAUUCAUUCAUUCAUUCAUUCAUUCAUCCAUCCUCCCUUCUAUUCAUUCAUUCGUUCAUUCAUAAACAGCAAACCGUGGUAUGACAAUACAUGCAGACAGUUAAAGAAACAAUUACAACACCUUGCAAGGAAAAUGAAUCCUGCAACUCGUAGGUCUUUGCAACAGGAAUAUUUUGCCCUUAAAAAGAAAUAUAAAAAACAGGUCAAAUUGAUGCAUAAGGAAUACAAAAGUGAUCUUAUUGACGAGAUAAAUGCAUUAAGCUCGGAACAUAGUCAAGACGUUUGGAGGCAAAUCAACAAACUCCGAAAAUAAAGUACGGUAGAAGAAAACACCCUAAUAUCUCCGGAAGCAUGGAUACAUCAUUUUCGACAAUUACCUUAUGAUAACAAUGAAACAAAUGAAAAUACAAAUUUUGCAAAUGUCUCGGACGAAACAGAAAAUUUGUCAGAUGAUGAAAUCUUAGGAAAACCGAUCACUCCAAAAGAAAUCCACGAACAUAUAUCGAAACUGAAGACAAAGAAAGCAAGCAGCAUGGAUUCUAUUCUAAAUGAAAUGAUCAAACAUGGUCGAUAUUUUUUGCUUCCCUCAUUAGAAAAAAUCUUUAAUGAUAUACUUAACAGCUGUAAAUUCCCGACUGAAUGAAAUAUUGGCGUGAUAAAACCCAUUUACAAAAGGAAAGGUGAUAGAAGGUCCCCAGCAAAUCAAAUCACUUUGACAAGUUGCUUGGGCAAAUUGUUCACAUCAAUUUUACAAUCCAGGUUGAAUAAGUAUAUCGAAAUCCAUAACAUUCUCAACCCAGAACAAUUCGGAUUCAGACCAAACGCUAGAACAACAGAUAAUUUAUUCAUCUUGCAACAACUCCUUCAUAAGUACAGCAAACAGCAUGAAAAACUUUAUGUUGGCUUUAUUGACUAUGAAAAGGCUUUUGAUAGUGUAUGGCAGUCUGGAAUGAUACAUAAACUACAAAAGGAAGGAAUAAAAGGAAAAUUCCUGAAGGUCAUCAAAUCGAUGUAUUCAUCAAUUAGGAGCUGUGUGAAGGUUAAUCAAAACACAAUGACUGAGAGCUCCCUAUGUAACAAAGUUAUACGGCAAGGGGACGGCUUAAGCCCAGUGUUAUUUUCUUUAUUUAUGACUGACUUCCCGGAGUAUUUUAGAGUACAUAACUGCCCUGGGGUAAAGUCAGGUAAUCAAUCACUAAAUUGACUGAUGUAUGCUGAUGAUCUGUUAGUAAUUAGUAAUUCACCAGAGGGAUUGUAACAAUCGCUGAAUGUAAUUCAUAAACACGCUCAAGAAUGGAAGCUCAAAGUAAAUACUAAAAUUCUAAUAUCAUCAUAUUUAGCGGAAAUUGACAAAACAAAAACAAAACAGAUUUCAAAUACGCAAAUGAAAGUAUAGAAAUUGUUAACAAGCAAACAUACCUAGGAACAGAAAUGACAUCAUCUGGUCGUUAGGCCUAUGCAAGGGAAAUUCUUAGUAAAAAGGCUACCAAAAUUGUCUUCACAAUUAAACGAUUACUCUCCAACAUUGAUUCUUCAGCGGUCGAGAUAAGGAAUAAACUUUUCGAUGCCCUUGUUAAACCUGUACUACUUUACGGUUGUGAAAUAUGGGGUCCAGAACUACUAUCUAGUUAUAAGACACAUUUUGAUAAAAGUAUAAUUGAGCAAGUUCACAUUAAACUCUGUAAACAAACAUUAAAUGUCCCAUGGUACACAAAAAAAAAUCCUGUAGAGCGGAACUUGGCCGAUACCCUCUAUCUAUAGAUACGAAGGCCUCCCUUUUAUGUUACUGGCAAAGAUUAGAACAAAAAUCAGACAACCCUCUCUUAAAUGAAGCGUUUAUUUAUUUAUCUAUUUUUUUGAUUGGUCAUGCCGCGUGGGAAAUUUGAUUCAAGCAAUCAGAACCACUACCCAGAUCAGGGUAGUGACGCGUCAUCAGUGUGGAAUUCUCGACUGCAGGGUGUUUCUGAGUGGCUUAGCCUUGGGCAAUGCUUGAAAACACACUUGUUGUUGUUUUAGGUCUUGGGUCAUACAUAUAAUGCGUAGUUAGCUAAUUAAACUAUUAACUCAGACUGAGAACGUAUUCUUGGCUCGCUCUGGAGAAAAAGAUAAUUAUUACGUUAGCUUUUAGAUUUUACUACGUUUUAUAUGUUCUGCAUUGUAGUCUUCUUAGAUGCAUACCCUCAAGGGUUAAACAAGCUCUCGCAAGGAUAGCGAAAGUUUAGCGUGUUUUUAGGAUAGCCACUAUCUUGAACCUCUCAUGCUAUACUACGAAAUAAUUACCUGCGUCUGCAAAUUGAGCGAGACCAACGUCAGACUAACAGGGGAAAAACUGAGCGCUUGAGAAAUUAGAUUUUAACUCUCCGCGCUUGGAAACCUAUCUCUCUUAAUACUUGUAGUGUGGUUGCUAAUUAAGUAAGGCAGGUAUUGAAAUGUGUUAAAAUUACUAUCUAUUUUUUUUGCAGUAAUCGUGCCAACAACCACAAUGAUGCCAACGACACGUUAGUAUAUUGAUAUUAUAUUUUUCUCAUUACACAAAAGCAGACUAGAAAGAUGUUUUUAAUCAGUAACAGGCGGCUCGGAAGAAAAAAUCCGAGCCUCACUUGGGACCAAAAUUUGUCUUAAAUAACGCGAUGGCGGCCUGACUUAUGAUUAUCCGUAUUAUGAGUCUGCAUACCACGGUAGGGAAUAUCUGUAAAUUAAGGUCUUGUCGGGAAAGUAAAACAAUCCGUGAUGCAUUGACCUGUUCUAGAGCGGAACAUUUUAUGUGUUACCUAAAGAUGUGUGUUGUUUUAGCCUUGAAAUCCAGGACAGUGAAUUUGAAUAGACCAUUAACUGACUUUCGCUUUACAUACUGCUUUCUUUUGCAAAUCAUCAUUAUAAUAAUAACAAUAGUAAUAAUAAUAAUAAUAAUAAUAAUAAUAAUAAUAAUAAUAAUAAUAAUAAUACUAACAAUAGUAAUAAUAAUUAUUAUAAUAAUAAUAAUAAUUUUUUUAAUUAAAAUGAUACAAAACUUGAUUCAUAGAUUUAAAAAAAUAAACUAUUUACAGAUUCAAGAAUAUGAAAUAUUAAAAUAUAUACCCUAUGUACAUUCUUCUUGUGUACGAAAGAGAAUUUUCGUAAAAUGACUAUCUAAAGACUACUAAUAACAAUUGUAAAAGGCAUCAAAAAGUUAAUAAAAAAAAUAAAAACUAUUUAAAAAUAAUAAUUCAAACUGAUAAAAAGUUACUACUUAAGAGUGUGUCCAUGAGAAAACCAGGCAGAAGCAGGCAGGAGGUGAUAAUGCUCAAAUCACCGAUUUCGCUCAAACUUGGCACAAAUGUUAGGUAUCAGGAGUUAGCUUAUGUGACAGAAUUUCAGGUCAAAAUAUUAAAUUCCCUGGGAGAUCCGGGCUCCCCCUGUAAAAAUCGCCAUUUUGCCCGUUUAUGCAUAAUUAAUUAGCUAACUUUACGAUGCCAGUGCAACAAACAGAAAAGCCACCUGGAACUUAAAUGCACUGAGAGAUAAUCUGACAUCAUAAGACUUUAAGCACAAUAAACUGUUUAAAGUCGCCGAUUCAUUCCCCCUCUUAGCCCCCCUUAAGUUGGGUCAUCAUUUCCAGGUUUUGAGUAAGACGUAAAAUUAGGAUACUUUAUUCCCAAAUAUCUCUGAUGAGCAACCGCUUAUCUUUAUAACUUUUGCAUGAGUAGUUAAAGCUAUCACUUAAGUUGACAAAAAGAUCAUAAAAAGUUUGGGCAAUUCACUUUCUUCCAUGUGUUGACAUAAACUGUUCAUGUGACUGAACGACUUUUGCAUAUUUCAUCAAAAUUCAGGCCCUCACAAUAUUCGUGUGUUUGCCUUUGAAUGAGGAGAAAUCGAACAAAAAAACUCAUAGGACAAUGAUUUAACAUUAAUAAGGGUAAAUUCAUAAAAAUUGUUGUGCAAGAAACGCUAACGAUGAUUUUUGAUAGCUAUAUACGCGAUCUUUUCAUGUAAAAACAACAUACAAAGAUUUAAUUCACAGUUCUACUUACUUUAACAAUUUCGCCCUAAAAACAAUAUAAACGAUCAAUAAAAUCCAUAUACGUAUCUCUUAGAUGUCUCAACUGCUAGUUUGUGCCCGCUUUGAUUUGUUCUUCAUGCCACCUUCGAUGUCCAGUUCAGCGUAGUUCAGCGUCGUGACUCGCUGUACGACUAAAAUUCCUUAGCCAUCAGUUCACGCACCAAAAUCCAAAUCAAGUUGUUUUAGGACAAAACAAUACGAAAGGUAAAAAGCCGAUUCUUAACCCAUUGAAAGAAUUAUUUCUGCCACUGUUGUAGCUCAAUUCACUUGUUGCAAACGUCCGACAUCUUUGACAUUAUAUGGAGCCCGCAUUUUUAAGCAGCGGUUGCCACCACACGGAAACACUGUAUCGGGAGUCAGGAACCAGGAGCCAGGAGCCAGAGUUCAGUGAACAAAAUGAUUUUCCGACAUUCUCUGAGAUUAUUUUAUUGUUAUUGUAUGCUGAUAAAUAAUUAAGAAUUCCAAAUCUUUUGGCAACUUUAUUCAGACCAUGAUUAUAAAUGAUCCCAUGUCUUCUCAAACUCGGAGAGAGAAGUCGUUUUGACGGUCUUCGUGUUUUGCAAAGAACUAUUUGUUCUAUUUUAGUUGCACGUGAAAUAGCAGCGAAGUGAAGUCGGAUGUUGGUGCAGACCAGUUCAAAGAGACAAAUAAAGCGUGAGACACGUCCAGAUUGGCUUGCGACAAGAAUUCCAUUUUUUUUUUCAUACUGGAGUCCCUUCUCCCCGGGGGAGUGUCCAAAUUGAGUACAAAUGCCCUACCCUGCUGGCACCAGAUUUGACUGUCAUAAACAGUGAAUUUUUUUAUCUCGCACGGUCUUUUGGGAGUCUUAUAAAGCUUAACUGUGGCACUAAUGUUCCCAAGUAGAAUUCAAAAUACACCACACUUUCACAUUGAGUUAGAUAUUUUUCUCAAAGAACCGCUUCCAUAUGUUUAACACCCUUCCCACAUUCCCUCCGAGAGAUACGGUCUGACUACAAAAAGGGCUAUUAUGGACCAUUAUUAUCAUGGUAAUUAAUGUUAUGUCAACAUCGAAUAAACCCAAAAUUUCAAGUAACACGACUUUCACAACCUAUUUUCAACACACCAGUUAUAACAGGAUAUUGGGGCGUACAACAAUGGAUAGCGUAUUCCGCAUUCCGGAGUCCGGUAGUCCGGCGUCACAGAUUCAAUCUUUUUGGCAGAGUCUAAAGUCAAAGAUGGAGGAUGUUCGAGCAGGUGGUUGUUUUCUGUUGAUAUAGACGGAUUGUCAGUGAUCCUUCUUGUCCUUUGAGAAUGAUUUUGUUCUUUCUGACUACAACUUAUUUCAAAGACUUCGAAUGUUCGGUGAAAAGCCGACACUUUUAAUUCUGCAAUGUUUCAAGAUGUUUCGAUUUCAUUACCUCGUCACGAAGUAACGCCACAAAGGACCAGACGAAACUGGAGCAGCAAAUCUGGACUAAAGCACCUGAGAGACGUGUAUGUAACAUUUAUUCACUAUCUUUUAUCCUUUUUGAGUCUUGUUUCACCUACAAGUUGGACCGAUCCGAGUUUUGAACUAACUCUUUUGCUCCUUGUGUUUACUCAAGCGUUCCAUAAAAUAUCCAUCCAAACGUCCAUAAAUAACACAGAAAACAUGCCUCAGGUGACACGUUCUAACAAUUCCGCUAUUAGUAUCGAUAAUGACGCAUCUGAUUUGUGACUUCUCGUCAACUGUGUGCUAUUUUUGUUUAAAAAAACGAAUGUUAAGUUUCUUCCAAUUUUGGUCAAAUGACAAAUAAGCGUCAAGUCAGAUGUACAUAAUACGUCAUUAUUGAUAAAGUAUGAGAUUGCCCAAAUAUUUUAUGAUUGAUUUGAUAACCUUAGAGAUGUCUUUCAAAGAAUAUGUGAGAAUUAAGUACAUAGGUUGUUGCUCAUGGGAGAUGUUAGCCACUAAAAUACCUUAAAUUUAGGGUUUGUUAAAACAGUGAGAAGAUGUCCUUACUUUAGGCUAAAUAAUAGGAAGAGAUCGAAUUAGAGAGUAAAAAUAGAUUACUGAGCGUUAAGUUUGAUAAACAUAGAAGAUGAUAAAGUUGAUUAGAUUUGAAAUUGUCUUUUCUUCUUGUUGAACAGCCAAACCAAAGUCAGCUAAUUAAUUAUGCAAAAAUGAGUAGAUUUUGUCGUUUUUAGGGGGGUCCCUGUAAAUCCCAGGGAAUUCAAUAUUGCGACCUUAUUUUUUGUCGAGGUUAAUAUCUCACCACACCCAUCAAUUGUGCCAAGUUUGAGCGAAAUCCGUGAUUUGAGCAUUAUCACCUCCUGCCUGGUCCUCUCAUGGACACACUCUUAAAUUCUGGCUUGCGCACUUUCCGGUGUAAUGUCAAUGUCAGAUAUAUUGGCUGCUCUUCUCUUGCUCCUGGUUCUGGUUAAUAAUAAUAAUAAUAAUAAUAACAAUAAUAAUAAUAAUAAUAAUAAUAAUAAUUUUUUUUAAAAGUAAUCAAAUCUUUUAUUGAUAACAAAGCUAACUAUAAAAUCCUAUUUACAAUUAAUUUCACUUAAAAAAAACUAUUCCGUCCAAGCACUAUUUACAUUAUUCCUUUCGAUUGAAAGAAGAAACUUAAUUUCGAUUGAAAAAUAAUAAUAAUUAUUAUUAUCAUUAAUUAUUAUCAUUAAUUUUAAUAUCAUUAAUUAUCAUUUAUUAUCAUUAAUUUUAAUACAAAACUAAUAAUAAUAAUAAUAAUAAUUAGUAUUUACCAAAUCAAUGAAUUGCAAUUUUCCCUCGUUUUGAAUGGCUCCCGUAACUCGGAAUAUCCUUGGCUAUUCACUGUUUUGCAACCGGAGCCAAGAUGGUGUCUCGUUUCGAGACAUUUCCGGAAGACGAAAUUUGUGCGAUAAAUGAAGCAUUCGUACAAACAAAUACCAAGAAAGCGACGAACUUUGGCUUCUCGGUGUUCACUGGUUAGGUAGAAAAUUAUUUUCAUGCUGAACUUGCAACAAAAUCGUAAAAUGCACUUGACAAAAUCCCCGAAAUGCUUGUAAAUUGUAAACAGAGUUCCUACCACGUGACGUUUUAAUUUACAGAAAGUUACUUUUUUUUUCAGUUUUAUCCAGCUGAUUUGGUAAAUACUAAAAAAACUAUCCUCCUCAGUGUCGGUGAACAGCGCUAGAUAGAUACCUCGACGCUUCCCUUCGGGGAAUAGUUGUAUAUAGUAAUAGUACUGUAAUAAUAACCACAUACAUCUCUGUUUCAGCGCCUGUGAAACGGUUGUACCCUUACGAAGGAGACACACUUAUCGACUUCAAACUCAAAUGUGAAAAAAUCAAAAUACCAAGAGGAGGGAUAAGAAUCUAUGGGAAACGUCACAGAAAAUGCUUUGUAUGUAAUAUUAUGUAUCAUUUGUUUAACGAUAGUCAAGUUUUUAUUGAUCAAGACAUAUCAGUGCCCGCGUACGGCUGUUAUUUCAUUGAUUUUGUGAUUUUACUGAGCGAUAACACCUUGUAAUUGGUGCUUUUACCCUUUGACAACCGCUUUGUUUAUUUUCACCCCCACUGGUUAACCAUUAAGCUUCCAGUUUAAGAUACUUAGUUAGGAAACAGCAAAAUCAGCAAGAACAAGCUUGUUCUCUUAACAAGAAUAGAUAUUCUCAAGUGUUCCUCCUUCUGCAAUCAGUUUUAAAAAUCCCGAUCCAUUAAUAUUGCAUUUUUUGUAUCACGAUGUCAGAUAUGUCCAAAUGGCGUAAUCCAGUUUGAGAGGAAUAGAAUAAAUCAGCGCCCAUACCCAUUUGGUCAAAGAUGGUGGUUGAGAUUUAGUUCAAUAAUAGCACCAUACUGGACACGAGUCGAUCUUGGACGCUCAUUCACCAAUUCAAUAUCCAAAGUGUAUUAUCACAUCUAUACCGGACAAGGAGCCUAUGAAACCUUAAGCAAGGCCACAUCUGACGUGUUGAGUGUAUACCAAAGCAAACUUCCAGAAGGAAAAACAUUCCAAGCCUCUUGGGUUUGUGUUGUGACAUGGGUGAAUCUCCGCCCCGCGGAUUUGAAUGAUUUUACGGAGACCCUGGUAAGAUUUAAGCCUUGUUGGAGCCUGGGCACCUUUUCUGUUAGCCAAUCCAAUAUAUACGAAAAUAUGCGCCUUAUCAGGACCCAUUUGCAUGGAUAUCCUGCCCUAGGCUUUUGGAUAACCGUCCAUUUGUCUACAGCCCCGUUUAUAAGGACAAAAAAUUGUCACGGGUACGGAAGAGUCACUCCGCCUAUCCGUGCUGCUUUCGGCGUGCCAACUUUUCCUACAUUCCAUUAAAAAGCAUUGCGAGCCGCCGCCGUUUAACUAGAAACAUAAGGUUGCUCGGUUAGAACGGGGUCAUUCUUUUUUAAUGGUGGAGGGGUCACUCACCUAACCGGGCCCACUUUACUAUAUGAAAACUUUGGCUCGCCCAGCCGGGUCAACAGCUCGGUCAAGGCGAGACAAUAAGAGCGUGCGUGAACGCUGCUGGCUCAGACGAAGGAGUCAACUUUUUUUCUCAUAUAAACGCUGGCUUAAUUUGACUAGGCUGGGAGGGUGGCUGUCUUUCCAGGACAACUUGUCUUCAUUUAAACGGUGCCUAAGUAACUUUCAGUUUUUCUACUUAAAAGCUUACAACGAUUUUCGGAGGUUGUGCUUUUCACAAAUUAUAUUACCAAGUUAUUGCGAUUAUUGUUAAAAAAGGGAACCUGAAUAUUUCAGUAAAAACACUAUACGUCCCCUACAAUUUUCUUGUAAAAGUACACUAACCCCAUGUCCUCGAGUCGUUAACAGUUUCGGAUGGCGGAAACAAAUGCAAAAAGUCGCCUUAAAACUUUCGAGACGGCCAAAGUUCUCCUAUGGUAUCCCAACGGAUGAAAAUACUUUAGAAAAGCUUCAAAUUAACCAAAUAGGUUUUUAGGGCAUAGAGAAAACCAUUUCAGACACUUCUGACGUAUUUUUCACGUUUGGUCGUUAGAUGCCCAUGAAGCGUUAAGAGCACUAACCUAAGUGCAAAAGGACGCAACAACCUCCAACAUUGCUGGCCAACAAUGUUGGGAGUUGUUACGUCCAUUUGCCCGUGGCUAAAAGUUUGACCGGUUUCAAACUUUGCGCAGCAACUCCCAACAACACACAAGAACAAAAGCAACAGAGUGAGUGUGCAAAUGGGCGGAACAUGUAACAUCCAACAAUGUUAGGAGUUUUUGGUUAACAAUAUGGCGUCCGUUUGCACUGUGCUUUACGCUCCUUUAUGUUUGGCAAUUAUUAGAUAAUAGUUGUUAAGUAAGACAAAAUGUAACUGGUGAUUUCUGUUUGCUUUGUCUUCAGGGGAACACAUUUCAAGCAGUUAUCGUCACUGACAACAUAUUCUCUUUCGUUAUAUUUAACUAUCCUCAUAACGGCAUUCAAUAUUCUGCUCCAACCAGCCGGUAAGUGCAAAGCACCCUGAAUUAUUAUGCACAUUCAAUCACCCCCUCCAUCGACUCUCACCAACACUCGCCCCUUGGAAUUCGCCCUUCACGAUUGCAGGAGAAAAUACUCAGAUAGCAAAAACUAGGUGUAAGCAGCUUGCACUUACAAGGAAAUUUAUUCUCGAAAAAUGAUAAGAAAAGUUAUGGAAUGGAAUCAAGAAGUAAUCUUUGGAUAGAUUCAUAAAAAGCAUUUGUACACGCUGUCAAAUUUGUCGGUUUAAGUUUUUGUGUUAACAGUUUCCAUAAAAACUGUAACACCAUGCAGUCAUGUCGUGUCAGAUGUCCGUAAGAAAGAAAAGUGAUAAUUCUGAAGGCCGCAUACAAAACUGCUGUAUGAUUCAGUUAUCAAACAAGGAGAGUCUAUUACGUCUAGUCGUUACUUGUCAUUUUAUCACCGGCCUGGUCCUUUUUCGCGAGAUAUCUGUGACCAGUGCUACCCUACCCUAGCCUAAAUUUUGGCAAUCUUUAACAGUGUAACCUAGGAGGAGUGGUUUCUUAAGCAAGCAACCGUUUGCUUUUCCAUCGAGCAUGCGCUCCACGUGAUGCCUACGUGAAAACGUCAAACGACUUCACUUCCUCUUGUUUCGCAAGAGACAUAAAUGAAUUUAAGGGCCUGUUUGCAUCAAAGUGGGGGACCCUUGGUAGGUGAGGUAAGAUGUGGCGGGUCACCCCACCUAUUAUGUAAACGUGAUCAAAUUAAAAUUAAAUUCGGAUUUAGUCCAUAGGAAUUCAACUCCAGUUGGGUUCUCCUGCAAUUGACAAAGAGCGAAAAAGAGCGGAAAUUCCCAUCAGGCUCGCUUUAAGGCAGCACUUGUAAGCGUAAGCAAUAGCCUGCUAGCAGGCUCACUUAUGCGGGCUACGUAACCAAAUGUGCGAGAGCCUUAACUUGUUUUUAAACAGUUUUUAACCUGUUCAAAGUUAAUUUAUUCGCUCAUGGCGCUGGACAGGGGCUCGAUCGAAGAAGCAAACGGUCACUCGUAGUGGUUUAUCGCCCUCUCUAGCGUAGCGUCCGGCCUGAAAAAAUCCACUGCUCCCAGGGUAUUAGCAGUGCUGAGUUAGUAUGCAAAUCUUAAAAUGGAACAUUCGAUGUUUAUACAUGAUGCACUACAAUAAUCUGCACUUCAAAUAGCAUUAAUGUAUUCUCUGAAGUAAUGCCUGUUGGAACGGUUGAAUAGAAGCAGCAAAUAAUUAUAACAGCGACGAACUAGGGAACCUAGCUAGUUAGGUCGGUAUCGUGAUGUAAGAGUAAUUGAGUAGGCUGAGUAGAAGAGGCCAGAAUGUGUUUGUCCUUUAAAGAGCCAAUUAGGGAUUCCACUAGAACAUAUAUAGACCAUGUCCCGAAAAGAGUAGCCCGUCGGGGGACCUUCACUUAUGAGUGUUUUCUGGCUUGAGAUAACAUAUACAUUUUUAACAGACAGAAAUGCCUUUUUCCACCCUUUUUACAGGUCAAACUACAAAUAUUUUACCGACUAUGAGUUCCUACCUGUCAUUGGUUUCAACGCAGGAGACGACGACAACAAUUUUCUUAAUAUCAAAAGGUAUGCAAUUUUCGGGCUGAAACUUCAACGUUUACUAGGGAGCGUAAGCAACUACGACGACGACCACAACGACGACUUCAAAAAGCCAAAGGGGGUUUAAUGAUUAAAACAACAGCUCUACACGUGCAUCACGCUUUAAAGUACAUUUCUUUGACUUCCACUGUACGACUACGACGUAAAACCUCUUAAUUUGACGUUUUAUGGGAGACGUGGACAUACGACGACGAAUUUUCCUUCCUCUUUUUGAACCUGAAUAUAAUCCUUAAGAAUUCAACUCCAGGAAAACUCGCCUGAAUUUGACAUAUUGAGUGGGUCAAAAUAGACGCAAUUAAGUUUGAAAGCACGCAAAUUCAUUUUUUUACCGACGUUUUCACUGCCGUCGUCGUUCGCGUCGUCCUUGCUUAACAAAUGAGUCGCCAUCAAGGGUUAGGUACUGAUUAGGACAAGGUCAUAGUAGCGGACAUGGGGAGGUAUUUCUGCAGGGUUUAUUGUAAAGAAAACUUAUUACAAAUGUAACGAAAUUUAUCUUAGGUGUGGAAGAAUUUUCGAUAUUUUGUGGGCGCUUUUUGGAUCUGAGAUGAUUAUAGCUAACUAGGCGCUACGCAUCUCUUUGCCUCUUUGCGGCCAUCUCAUAUCCAACGCGUACUCGUGGAAUAAUUGUUAAUUAAUUCAUGAGAAUUUUGCGUGAUUUUUAUUACAAAUAGUUCAAGGAGCUGAAAUAGUUUGUCAAUACACAAAGGCAGAUGAAAUAUAUAUGUUCAAACCUUGGUCUCAAUGAACUGACUGUUGGACUUUGUUGUCACGUAACAGGUCAGGUACUGUUGAAGCUGAAAGCAUUGACAACCUUCCUGGAAACCAGGAAAACAUCCCCGGACGAUGGAUCAUGCGACUUGAGAAUUCUGCUGGCGAAGAGGAUAGCGAUUUCAAUUGCGUAGUCUGGCUUGAAAAGCACGAGCUAGACCUAGAUUUUACCAACUCUACUAAACCGGACCCUUGUCCCUGUACGUUGGAUCAGGCAAGAGUGGAUAAUAGGUAUACAUGGGUUGAGUCAAUUUUUCCCUAUACAAGGUGCUACUACACGGUCAGGCGCUCUAGUAAUAACCACGGUAGAAAGUGUUGUUACUUCAUAAACGCCAAUAAAUUGGGAGCCUUGAUUAUUGGACCGCGUCGUGGUGGUACAAUUGACCGCUUCCAUAAGCUAGUUCCAGAAUUAAAGGAUGACCACACAGAAAGUGACGUCUUGGGGUUUCAAUAUUGCUGCAUUGGAGCAAUCAAAAGGGGGAGACUGUGCAAGUUAUAUUACCAAUUGCGGCCAUCUGAGGGCUGUGAAGCUUAUGUUCCCCCGGUUCAAGGUAGGAUAUUCUUGCCCUUUUGUGUUUUACUUAUUUAUUUUUGGCUUCUCAAUUGUAAGCGAUUUAACUUUUUGCCUCAUUUUUGGCAACAAGAAAAGUCAAGAACAUUAAAGAACAGACAAUUAUGGGAUGACGAAGCUGAGUACGUGUAAAAGCUGAACCAGUCAGUUUGUUUUUCAUUCAAAAUAACUUAAACUUGGCUCGAAAAAUCCUAACAGUUCCUGGGCAUUUUAGGACGCGACUUUCUGUCGAAUUUUGAUGCCUUUCUGCGAUCUGUUUCAGUCAAUUGUUUAGCUAUUGUCAUUACCAGCGGUGUAAAAAAAUCAAUUGGUCUUCGAAAAAGUUUUCAAAACGUGCAACCUCGAUUCAAAGUGUACGCGAACUCGCGAUAUGGCCAACCGCUUCCUGUCAUUGGAUAUCCCAUUUAAUUUUCACGGCUCUUAGAAUGUCUGCUGAAACUAAUAAGGAUGGCGUAUAAUGAAAGAGGGACAGUGUGUGUGUCAUUUCUAAAUCACCCAAGCGUUUCUCUCUUUCUUCUUAUUCAAAAAAACGCAUUUUUAGAUGAAAGUGUUUACAUUUAAUUUUACCGUUCUUUGCGAAUUCAGAAGUGGCCCAUUGUUAUCUCUAAUUGUGGGUUAAUGGGACCCUUUAUGUUAGCUGACAUGGAGAGAGCGGACGGGCGGUACUACUAAUAAUCACCUUACCCCAUGCGCUCCAGAGCUUUGCUGAAAAAGGAAACAAACAAAUAAAUAAAAGCAACAAAUUAUUACAAUUAAGCGCUCAACACACAGUACUCACUUGAUUCAAAAGACAUAAAAACUUGACUAGACCACGUCAGGUUCUUUGAAAAGUAUCUUGAAAUUUUUGUCGAGAUUUUACUUAUGAUUACCAACUGCUGUCUUGUAUCGCAGCUCCUACUUUUGGAGAUCCUCAUGUUGUGACACUAGACGGCAGAAACUACACUUUUCAACGGACUUGGUGA